AUGUCACUUAUGGCACGCAUCCAGCGGGAUACCAAACUGAGGCAGGCCAAAUUGCAUGAGCGAAACCGAGAAGCGCGCAACGUCAUGCGAGAGAUCCACAACGCCAGCGUAGAAAAGCGCAUACACCCCGAUUACUCAACGCAGAUCAAGAAGCACCUGGAAGACCAAGGUACCAGGAUGACUACAAAAGCCACCACUGUGAGCGGCAAGUCAUUCGACAUCAAGUCAUUCGACAUACACAACGACACCAUUCCGGAACUCAACGAAUGGAUACCGGCCCACAAGCACUACGGCCUCAUCCCCUGCCAACUGGAGAUGGAUGACCUCAACAGCAUGCCUUCUGGCGCCCUAGCGACGGGUCCAAGGUACCGCGGAGCUUGGCGGUGCACGCAUCAGCACGUGUGGGAAGCUGUCUGGAACACGUCCCGUCGGCACACAUGCGGUGUAUGUGGACAGGCCCGCAAGAAGAUGACCGACGUUGUCGUCGCCAAAUGGGAUUUGGAUGGCGUGAUUCACGCCUUCGCUACUUACGGCGAGUCCGACUUUCUGCCAUGCUGCAAGCUCGACAAGAAGGCCGACAAACCGCUGGGAAAGUUUGUGUCGCAGCGACAGGCGCGCAUGCGCUACCUGCUGAGGGAGCAGUUUCCCGGCAUACCGACUGAGAGGCUGCGUCCUUACUGGAUCCGGUACUUCCAGUGGGAUAGCAAGGCCAAGGCCAUCGAGAUCUGGGGCAGGCUCUGUGACCGCUCCGAAGACCGCAUCGAAGUUCCAAACAAGGCGCCCGCGAGGAAGAUCGCAACCCCCAAAAAGAAGGGCGACAAGGGCGAGAAGAUUACCCCGAAGCGAGAGCGGUCAAAUAGUCAGAAGCGUGAUGACUUCACAGCGCCUUCUCACAGCAAGCCGCAGCACUUGGAUGAAGCAUCUCGUCGGCCUGGACACUGGUCUGAUGACUUCCGUACUAUAGAAGAUGACCUCGCUCUUAUCAAGGGCUAUGCUGGGGAACAGCGAUUCGACCAGAUUCUUCAAGACGUCGAUAAUUCUAUCAGGCGGAGAUUACCAGACAAAUUCCCGCCUCCAGCUGCACCGCCCGUCGCACAACCAACCGCACCGCCAGCUGCAUUACCAACCAUACCGCCAGCUGCAUUACCAACCAUACCGCCAUCGACUGCACGACCCACUGCACGACCAGCCGCGCCACCAGCUGCACGAUCGACCGCACGACCAGCCGCGCCACCAGCUGCACGAUCGACCGCACGACCCCUCGCACGACCAGCCGCGCCGCCAGCCGCGCCACCAGCCGGCAACCCUAUCAAGAGGGAAGAUACACCCGAUGACAAAGAUUCGCUGUUCGAGGACCGCGAGGAUUACCGUGGUGAUCGGGCUGACAACCCGGACGGAUAUGUCUACCCAUGGACUGACCCCGCCACCAGUGGUGCGUAUCUCAGGCAGAUGACCAACACGUUGAGGGAGCUAGAGUAUAGCCACUCCGAGCCAAAGGAUCCCAUGUCGAGAAACUACAUGAGUGGUCAGGCUAUUGAAGCGUCUCUGGAGAAGCUCAAAGCCGUUCUCACCGAGAUCGAUUACCACAAUUGGGCCCCUCCUGAUUGGGAUUCAGCUGCGCGGCAUGCAAAGUUCAAGGAGUACUUCGACGAUAAGUCCUUCUUCUCUGAUGACUCAAGGUUGUUGCGAGCGAUGCUCUGCGUCUGGUGGGCCUAUGAUGAAGAUGCAUCUAGUCAUGCUGAAAUGGCUAGGGGCUACGUGAAGCUCUUGAUUACUAUCCACGACGAUAAAGGCAAGAAGGCGUUGGUCGCCGAGGUCGUCCAUCAGGCACAAAUCUGGAAAGAAGGUGAUGCGCACGAUGACUAG